GGUUGUUGUUUCACCACCAUACCAACAACAACACUAUUACUCUCUACACUCUACACUCCACUCUAGAGAGAGAAGACCAAAUCCAUUGAGAGAGAGAGAGAGAGAGAGAGAGUUAUAUACUGUGUGAAAGCCAAAACCGCCAUUCUCCUUCAGCUUCUCCCUCUCUGUUCCAACAUUUCUCCAAAAAUGGACGGAAAUGGAUAUAUGGAGGUCCAUUACAUGGACACUGGCUUCUCUUAUACCGCGACCGGAAACUUUAUGGACUUCUUUGGUGGUCUUACUUAUGCCCCCUUGAAUUAUGGUCACACCAUGCUCGCGCAUGAUCAGGAAGCUACAUACUGGUCAAUGGAUUCGUACAAAUUUGGACUAUCUGGUCCAGGGAGUAAUUCUUAUUACGGUCCUUAUGAGGUAAACACUCAUUUUCCGAGGAUGGACAUGAGCAGGAGGGCUUGGGAAUAUCCUGUCACGACGAUUCCAGAAGAGCCUGAAAACACUGCUACGCAGCAAGAAGAAACUGUAGAUAUUGAAUCUGACACCACGACUGAUGAAUCCAUUCCAAAUGAUCAUAACACAAAUACUUCUCAGGUGGAAUGGGAAGCGAACACUGAUCCUGAUAACAUGACAUAUGAGGAACUACUCGGCUUGGGUGAGGCAGUAGGUACUCAAAGCCGAGGGCUUUCCGACGAGUUUAUUAGCUUGCUUCCUACAACCAAAUACAAGUCCAUAAGCUUUUUCUCAAGAAAGAAAUCUACAGAGAGAUGUGUAAUUUGCCAGGCGAGUUACAAAAGAGGAGCUCGACAAAUCAAAUUGCCCUGCAAUCAUCGUUACCAUCGUAAAUGCAUCAGCAAAUGGCUCGGCAUCAACAAGGUAUGCCCGGUCUGCAACCUUGAGGUAUUUGGUUAGGAAUCAAGGCCCUAA